UCACGAAAACGUAGUUUCUACGGUUUCCGGAACCUGAGGCCUACAUUCUAUACUGACGAUACUGACGUUGCAACGGGGUGAGUGUAGGUGACGUCCGUAAAGAAGUUUCGAAACAUUUUUGGCAGUGCACAUGGCACAUGGUUUGUUAGUACGUGGGUAGAAGAAAGUUUUGAAUACGUUGUGAUUGUGCUCGUAAAAGCGCUAAUACUUGUGUUACAGAUGUAACCAGACCUGUGUAAAACCUCUUGCACGUAUCGUACAAUCCGGAAAUUUCCGGAUUUCAUUUGUAAAUCGCUGAACCUGUUGGACAUAGUGGAUUGAGUGGCCCCCGCAGGACAGGAGGGGUUUUCAUCUGCGCCAUUUUGCCACGAUUGGACUUAGAUCCUUUGGAAUUUACCCCAAAAUAUUGUUGGGGUGUAUUUCCCGAAGAAAAUAGGACAGUUAGUUUAAGAUGUCUUCUUCGUACAAUAAUUCGGAAGAAAGUUCGUCCGACCGAAAUGUUGAGAUCUGGAAAAUCAAAAAGCUUAUCAAGAGCUUGGAAAUGGCAAGAGGGAAUGGUACAAGCAUGAUUUCCCUGAUCAUUCCACCGAAGGACCAGAUCUCUCGGGUGAGCAAAAUGCUGGCAGACGAGUUUGGAACAGCAUCAAACAUCAAGUCUCGAGUGAACAGGCUCUCAGUACUAGGUGCAAUUACGUCUGUACAACAUAGAUUGAAACUUUAUACCAAGGUGCCCCCAAAUGGACUAGUAAUUUAUUGUGGAACAAUUGUGACAGAUGAGGGAAAGGAGAAGAAGGUCAACAUCGACUUUGAACCUUUCAAACCUAUCAACACAUCUUUAUACCUAUGUGACAAUAAGUUUCACACAGAGGCCUUGACAGCACUGUUAGCAGAUGACAACAAGUUUGGGUUCAUCGUGAUGGAUGGGAAUGGGGCUCUUUUCGGCACACUGCAGGGCAACACCCGGGAGGUGCUACACAAGUUCACAGUGGACCUGCCAAAGAAGCACGGUAGAGGAGGUCAGUCUGCACUCCGAUUUGCACGACUUAGAAUGGAGAAAAGGCACAACUAUGUGCGUAAAGUAGCAGAAGUGGCAACGACACUCUUCAUCACAAAUGACAAGCCAAACAUUGCUGGUAUCAUCCUUGCAGGCAGUGCAGACUUCAAGACAGAGCUCAGCCAGUCAGAUAUGUUUGAUCCGCGGUUGCAGGCCAAGAUCAUCAAGCUAGUGGAUGUGUCAUACGGGGGAGAGAAUGGCUUUAACCAGGCCAUUGAGUUGGCAGCAGAGUCCCUGCAGAAUGUGAAGUUUAUUCAAGAAAAGAAACUAAUAGGGCGCUAUUUUGAUGAAAUUAGCCAGGAUACUGGGAAGUACUGUUUUGGAGUUGAGGACACACUGCGUGCACUAGAGUUGGGGUCUGUGGAGACGCUUAUUUGCUGGGAGAAUCUAGACAUCCAGCGUUAUGUGCUCAAGAACCAUGCAACAACAGAGGAGAAGAUCCUGCACCUCACACCUGAGCAAGAAAAGGACAAGACACACUUCACAGACAAAGAGAGUGGGGUGGAGCUGGAGCUGGUAGAAUGUCAGCCACUGUUGGAAUGGCUUGCCAACAACUAUAAGAGUUUUGGAGCUACACUUGAGAUAAUCACAGACAAGUCACAAGAAGGCUCACAGUUUGUGAGAGGCUUUGGAGGAAUAGGAGGACUUCUACGCUACAAAGUGGACUUCCAGAGCAUGCAGUGUGAUGAGUUUGAAGAUGAUCUAUAUGACAUCGAUGACUAUUAGGAAACAAAUCUAGACUAAACAAGAACCUGGUAUAUGCUCCUCAGUAUUGCUAUUUAUAUAAUGGGAGCAUGGACCAGGUAUUUUUGAGGUUCGAUCAUGGGAAGGAUGGUUGAACCUCAGUAAUUUGAGGACAAGAUAGCAUACGAAUUGAUAUCAUUCCUCAUGACAAAAUAGGAAAGGAAUUUGGCAGGAACCAAAUUAUUGAGGUUUGGCUAUAGAGGAUAUUUGUUGGAAGUCAACCCAGAACAGUUUCACAGUUUUAGAAUUCCUCAGCAGAGUCUUGUUUUUUGCUCCUACAGUUGAACCUCUAAAUCUGUGUUAUGAAAGUUAAUUUUAUCCACUUAAUUUCCUUUAUUUUUCAUAUUGUAUUUAUACCAGCUCAUUUUUUUUUUUUUGGAUUAUAAUGAUUAAAUUUAAAUAUGUUUUGUAUUUACAAAAAGGAGGCGAAAGAAAGAUACUUGAAAUAUUCCAAGUGUAUUGUUUAUAGUACCAUAUUUACUUGCAUAAUUUUCGUACCUUCUCAUGUCUGAAAUUUGGGGUGUGUAAAAUAUGUGAAUAUUACUUUGCAGAAUAUAAUUUUACAUGUUGCAUUGUGAUUAGGAAAAUUAUGUGUGCAUAAUGUUAAGAAAGUGAUGUGUGACAAAUGAGUAUGAUUUUGAACCUGACUCUUUAACUGUUAUAUUUACCUUCUCCAGACAAAUUUUCAGAUUGCUACAUGUUUCAAAUUUAACAUAAGAUGAUACGGACUUCUUGUACUGAAUUCAGUAAGGCACAUUGCACAUAACAUAUUUAUGAAGGGAGUGCCACUUACAGUAACAUAUUAUUUUAAUCAUUUGUUCUCUGUUUGGUGUCACUUUUCUGAAAGUGCCGCCUGAUGUCGAGUGGAAGUAGAGACAAAAAUAAAGAAAGGCAAGAAAGAUAUAAAUGACGACCCUUUUCCAACAGUAGCAGCUGCUCCUAGUCAGAGAGGUAGGGCCUUUACUCAGAUUACCUGCAACAAUACUGUGAUGUUUUGCAACACUAGUGCACACGUUUUGUCCUGAAGCUAUUUGCAGUUUAUUUAAUUUACAUUGUUGAGGAUGUGUCAGUUUCUGCACUACUAGGAUAUUGUUGAUGCUAAGAAAAGAUAGAGUGAAAAGAAUAGUACCACAAUAAGAAACAAUUCCAUUGUCAUGCUAAACCUGUUGCCCUGUAGGGCAGAAAUCACACUACUGAUGCCAUAAGCUUGUCUAGCGGUGUCUGCACGACCUGGAGCUUCAGGGAUAGCAAGUAUUGGGACAGAGAGAGUGAAUGGUAGCCAAAGUUAGGAGAAGGUGGAACAUCCAACCAUGAUGUAUUAUAAACAGUGCAAGGCAAUGUCUUUAUUGUUACUGAUUGUUUGUCAGUGGGUAAAAAUCUUGUGAACUGUGUAAAUGCUUCAUGGUUACAUGAAAACUGGACAGACAAAAUACUCAGAAUCUGUAGUUUUUUCAAGGAAUCUGUUAGAAGUGAUGAGAACACUGCAUGUUUUAGCUAAACAUUCUCUCAUUAUUUACGCAUAAGAUAUGUGUUUGAUUAAUGUGUGAUUUGUGGAUAAUUAUCCAAGGUAACACAUAACCGUUUCUCUUAGCUCAUAUCAGUUUAUUUGUAAAAGCAUAAAUUCCUGCUCAUUUAUUAAUACAUUCAUUGGUGUGGUGCAAAAUGUAGUUUUACCACAGCUUUUUUUUUUUCAUGUAAUCCAACAAAUGACAGCUUUAAUUCAAUCUGUACCUAAUCAGAACAUGCAAAAUUCAGGCCCAACAAAAUUGUAGACCCAGUACUAUAAUAUUCAUUCACAUAGAUUUAUUAUACACCAUUUUGAGGAGAAAGAAUUUUACUGUCAUAUAUGUGUGACUGUAGAUGGGGUUUUGGAUCAAAUGUUGGAUAUUAACCAUUUUAACACAACUCAUAAUUACUCUUGAUUAUGGUACCGUUGCUAAUUUCCAGGUUACAGAUCGAUAGAGCACACAGACUUUCCAGUCUGUUACUAGACGUUUCCUGGUAAUGGCUUGUAACAAAAAGGCUAUUCUUCUGCCUCCGGGCUCAAGCCCUCCCUGAAUCUCAUCUCCCUUCCAACUGCAUCAUCUUGGUUCAGUUGUCUUUCUUAUAGCCCCUUUGCACAGACUGAGCAGAAAACACCAUUUCCAAAAGUACCUCUGUUGCAGCAGACACGUAUUUACUGAGCUGUUGCCUAGAAACGGCUUUACACAUUACAGUACUAUAUUUUAGUGUUUGAAUUGUAAUGAAUUACCAUUGUAGUGAAACAAAUCAUGCACUGUACAAUUCAUUUUUUUUAUUUAUUUAUUUUUUUAAGAAUUGAUGAGAUUUUGGACAUUCCUCACCAAAGAGAGGCUGGUUAUAAAAUUCAAGAUUUGUAAGUUUAGAAUUUCAUUCUAGAUCACCUUCUGAACUGUGUUCUCAUGUGGAUGCUUUCAGACAUUCAAUCAAGGUACCCAUUUCCAGAAACAGUCAUUUCCACAGUAACUGAUAUUUUGUCAUUUUCAUUGUCACAAUCAUUUGCACUGUUUUUCCUUAUUAGCAGCUAUAUUAGGUUUUCCUAAUUGUCUUGUAAAUAAUGCAUAUAAUAUCUCCCUUAGAACUUCACAUGUGUGAAAAUAAUUUCCUUCAAAUAUUUAUUUACUUCUAGUUCACAUGAAAUGCCAACAGAUAGCACAUUGUCAGAUACAGUGAUUUUUGCAAGAGUUGAAAUUUUCAAACUGGGCCCUCUGGAAGGCCAGAAUUUUUUAUACUAAGCAUGUGUAGAGUUAAGUACUUUGAGGCAAACUAAAUACUUUGCCAACCCAUUGCAUUCAAUAAAACAGUUCUGCCCAUGCAGGGCUAGAGAAAAUCAUAGGGCAUUUUGAUGACGUGAGGUCUUAAAGGUGACUGAGACUACAUUAUUUAUUUCAACUGUAAAUCAGCAGUUCCUUAUAUGGAUAACAUCUGCAGGGCCCAUGCCAGGAGCAUAGAGAAUCUGGAUACCGCGGGUAUGCAUCCAAGCGUCUCUCUGUUUCCCUUCAGAUCUGUUUGCCCAUGGGCAUUUACAAGUUACUGAGCCCAUGCUUUGUGAGUGGAGCAAAUGUAGAAAUGCUGGAGGGUGCACAUUAUUUUGGAAGCCUUACAUAUGUCUGAAAAGAUAGGAUAUGAGUCAGGUUGGAAAGCAGUACACAAAGGCACAACUUAAUGAUAAGGUUUCGGACAUCCCUUACCAAAAGUGGUUUAUAUUCAUUGACUUAAAUAUUUCAAAUACCAUAUAGUUCAUUUAGUUUUUUAAUAAACUAUUAUGAAACCUGACAUGCUUAGGCCAUGUAUGGCCAUCUUGAGGAAUGUUCAAUUAUAAGAGGAAAUGUGACAUGAAUUAUUUAAAAAAGCUGGUUGCUUAAAGUACUUAAAAUAAUAAGUAGCACAGUAUAAGCCAGUGAAGUGCGAGUUGUUUACCUGACAUCUUAAUGGUUCUGUCUCCACUUUUGGUGGGAUAGAGAAGACAAA